AUGUGGAGCAUAAUAUUAUGCACGAUCGUGGGAUUGGUGGCCAGCAAACAGGUCACCUUUGACAAUCACAGAGUCUUCAAAAUUAAUAUGGCUAAAUCGUCGCAGAAUGAGUUGUUUAAUCUUUUGGCACAAAAUUCAGAUGGAUUUUCCAUCUGGCAAGCAUCAUCUGUGAGUAAAGAAGUAGAUCUUAUGGUAGCCCCGGACAGACUAUACAAAUUCUACGAAAUGAUGGCGGAAAUCAAAGCAUCGUACAAAUCUUAUAUUCAGAAUGUUCAGACAUUAAUCAAUCAGACAAUGCCAGCAAAUGUAUCAAUGAAAUUUGAUUUUAAAAAUUACCACCAUCUCGAUACAAUUUACAAGAAUUUAGAUGACUUGGCAAAGCAAUAUCCCGAUAUAGUGCAAACUAUAGUAGGCGGCAACACAUGGGAGGGACGUAAAAUCAAAGGUGUCAAGGUUUCUUUUAAAGCGAACAAUCCUGGAGUCUUUAUUGAAAGUGGCAUUCAUGCCAGGGAAUGGAUCACGCCAGCAACUGCCAUGUACAUCCUCCAUCAAUUGCUGACAAGCAACAACACGGAGGUCAGGGCUGUGGCUGAGAGCCAUGAUUGGUAUAUCUUCCCAGUGUUCAAUCCUGAUGGAUACGUGUACACGCACACUACGAAUCGACUUUGGAGAAAGACACGUAAACCGUACGGUUUAGGUUGUUAUGGCUCUGAUCCCAAUAGGAAUUGGGAUUACAAAUGGAACACUGGGGGAUCUAGCAAUAACCCAUGUUCUGAAACCUUUGCUGGACCUAUGCCGUUCUCCGAAAUUGAGACAAAGAGCAUGUCCGCGUAUAUCAAUUCCAUUUCCGACAAAUUCUAUGUGUAUAUUGGGCUCCAUAGCUAUUCGCAACUAUUGAUGUUCCCUUAUGGUUAUACAACAGAUCGUGUUGAUAACUACGACGACUUGUAUGAUAUUGGCAUGGAAACGAUUAAAGCUCUCGCAAAGAGAUAUGGAACUUACUACAGAGUCGGAGGUAUUGCUGAGACAAUAUAUACGGCUUCCGGAAAUACUAUCGAUUGGAUAAAAGGCGCACAUAAUAAAUCAAUCGCCUAUGUUUAUGAAUUACGUGAUGGAGGUUAUUACGGCUUUUUGUUGCCCCCUGAGCAAAUUAUCCCGACUGGAGAAGAGACUUUGGAUUCUAUCAUAGCCAUGCUUAAAGAAACAAAAAUAGAACUCUUGAGAUGA